AUGCUACUUUCGAGGUCCCUUUGCGUGGCCUUGCUAGCCUCGUUCAGCUUUCUUUUUGAUGGAGCGCAGGGAAGAAAAAUUAUCGGCUAUCGGACAGUUGACGAGGAAGAAGCCGACUUGAUUAAUUUUUUCAACAAGCCGUACAGAGAUACCCUGUACGACCGCAGUCGGAGAUACUAUCGUCAAAUAGGAAACGGCUUUUACAUGGUAAACGAGCCUGCUGGCUGGCUGCGUAAACGAUGGGAUUGGUAUUGUGUCAUCGAAGCGGAGAUUGACAAGAUUGAAAAAGCGGCCAAAGUAUACAUCCCGGAAUACUAUGGACGCACGACUCGAAAAGGUCGGACUAAACAAACGCUGUUAUGGGAAUCACCCGAAGAAGUCUUCGUGGAUUACAUCGACUCGUUGGAUAUCCCCGAGCCCGACGAAGCGCUACGAUUUUCCUGGAUCGUAGAACACAGUUGGAAGAUGCAGAUGGUUAUCCCAACCAAGGUACUGAAUAGGGAUGAUCUGGGGCUAUGGGCUAAAUGCUAUCAGACACGGCAAGAGCUAUUGGAUUAUUCGAAUGAGGUUGUUGAGUGGGGGACCUGGGGCAUUGAGGGCAAUCCUGGAUUACCGAGAAGGAUGUCGAAAUAA